GAGGAUGGAGCUGUCUGUCCGGCUGGUGGUGCUGCAGCAGCUGUGGGAGGGCUGCGGGGUCAGCACGGUGCAGCAGGGGGGGCAGCAGCUGGGGGGGCUGCUGCUGCUCUGCCUGGCCUGCAGACUCUGCUUCAGACUGGGAGGUGAGUCCACUGUGAAGCAUGUGUUGUCCGUGCUGGCGGGGGUGUAUGGCCUCUUCCUGUUCUUCCAGCUGCACAUGCUGUGGGUGCUUCUGCUCAGUGUGCUCUGCUACCUGGUUCUGCUCCUCAGCCGACACUCCAGCAGCAGAGGAGUCUUCCUCUCUGUCUUCAUCCUCAUCUACCUCCUUGUUGGGUGAGAAA